AUGACAAACCCCGACCCAACACCCCUGCACAUCCGAGGUGUCGGAGACCAGACUCCGGUAGAGCCCGAAAAUCCACAGUCGGACAUGAUCGAUUCGACCUCUCGGUCUUCUAAGAUAAGGUCGAAGAUUGGUUCGGGUAUUGUCCUCCUGGUCGAAGUGAAUCGGGCUGCUUCGCUUCCUUCUUCUUCCUCGAUGAACGUCGGUGAACGUCGGUAUGAGGGCGACAAAGUGUGCCGAUCAGCCCUAGACCAACUCGGCCUCUUCUCGACGAGCCAGUUUGGCAUGUUUCUUGAAUUUCUUGUUUUGUCAGAGUCAAAUGAGGAUCGCUGUGACUUAUUUUAG